UGGGAAGGUGGUGGAGAUUUCAGACAGGAAUUAAUUAUUUGGGAAAAGAAAGAAACAGUCACGGGAGACGGCUUCCCGAACGCAGUUUAGUGGCUUUCUGCCGCUAACGCCUCGAAUCACGACAACCACUGGACUAUCCAGAGACACGAGGCGACGAGGAAAAUGUCCCACACACCAUGUCAGGGUUUAGUGCCGGUCUCGUCAUGCAGUUAACACCUAAUCCAGAAAUGGUACCUCUCGGAGUCGCGAUAUUGACAGAGGGUGGACCCGAAACAUUCUCCACGGUCCACCCUCGCCAAUGCACACCAUGCCAUGCGCCUUGCUAGUACUGAUAGUGGCCUUGCAGCUUUCCGCCAUGAGUACUAGGUUUUAGAGACUAAUGCAAUAAAGGAUCUCGAAGCUGGUGUGUUGAUCCCCUGCGAGGCUAGUUGACAGUAGCUCGCAGCUCUUUCUCGACGAGAUUUCUUCUUCCCCCUGGAGCUUCUUGAGGGACGCCAAAAUUGUACGAACGAAGUCAGUGAAGUGAACAUCCUCUGAUCAUCUCAAUUGACCUAUCAAUUCCCUGUCGCAUUUGUUUUGUCCUGUCAUAUUUGUCCUGCUCCUUGAAACAAUUCGCAUUCGGCUCAGUGCAAAUCCCUGCAAGGGAAAAACGACCUGUCCAUCAUGGGUACGUUCGGGUCCCAGACCAGCACUUACAACAAGCUGGUCGCGAUUUUCGUCGCCGUUGGUUCAAUGACCUAUGGCUAUUGCUCCUCAAUCAUCUCCAGUACGAUCGGUCAACCAGGGUGGUAUACCUACUUCAACCUUCCACAAGAGGGUGAACCGGGAUAUGCUACGAUUACGACACCAGCCAUUUCCACCGCCAAUGGCGUCUUCAGUGCUGGAGGUGCUGUUGGCACGCUAUUCAUAAUGUGGUCUUGCGAUUACUUUGGUCGAAAGGUCAAUAUUCAGUUUGGUGCUUUCUUUUCGAUGUUUGGAGGGGCGCUUCAGGGAGGCGCGAACUCUCUUAAAAUGUUCCAAGCCGGUCGGUUUGUGUGCGGUCUUGGAAUCGGUAUUCUCGUGACAGUUUGUCCCAUGUAUCUGUCCGAGAUGUCGAGUGCUUUCCGCCGUGGCUGGCUGGUCGGCCAUCAUGCGAUCUUCCUGGUUUUCGGUUACAUGCUUGCUGGCUGGGUCGGCUAUGCAUGCUACUUCGCUGAAGGAAAAUUGGGCAGUUUCGGAUGGAGGUUUCCCCUUUGUCUCCAGUGCCUGCCAGCUCUAGUGCUGCUUCUCGGUUCACCAUGGCUUCCUCGUUCCCCCCGAUGGCUGAUUUCCAAAGGGAAGCAUGAGGAAGCUAAGAUCGUGCUGCAGAAGCUUCGACAGUCGCCAGAUGAUCCCGACAACCUGGUUGCUAAAGAGGAAUAUUUCCAGACGGCGGAGCAGAUCCGCCUUGAGGCGGAGAGGUUAUCCACCUAUGGAAACGUGUGGAAUGCAGUCCUACGGAAGAAGUCGUACAGAAAGCGAAUGGCAAUUGGCUUCCUUACUCAAUGGGGCGCUGAAUUCGGUGGACCAUUGAUCAUUAACAACUACGCCGUCAUUCUAUACACCAACCUUGGAAUGACUGGGGGCAUGCCUUUGCUUCUUAGUGCUGUUUGGCUGACUACAGCUGGUAUUAUAUACAAUCCUCUUGGCGCCUGGCUUCACGACAAGGUCAACUCACGUCGUGGCAUGUAUAUCACUGGCUUUGUUGGCAUCAUCAUCUCCACCUCAUGCUUGGCUGCUAUGACCGCUGAAUAUGCAGGCACCAUGAACAGGGUUGGAAACGGGUUUGGUAUUUUCUUCAUUUACCUCUACUUGGCUUUCCAAGGAACCUUCUGCGACACUACCAUGUAUCUCUAUGUCUCGGAGAUUUUUCCGACUGAGAUUCGCCCAAUUGGCAUGGGAUUCUCCCUUUUCGGACAAUUUGCUGCCACCCUCAUUUUACUGCAGACCGCCCCUAUGGGUUUCAACAAUGCUGGUUGGAAAUACUAUCUGGUUAUCAUCUGCUGGUCGGUUGUUUUCAUUCCAGUGAUCUAUUACUUCUUCCCCGAAACUGCGCGAUUGACACUCGAGGAAAUCGCAAAGAACUUUGGAGAAGAGGUCGCUGUUCACGUUACUGAUGCGACCGACGAGGAAAAGGCCCAACUCGAGCAGGACCUGGCCGCAAGAUCAGACAGCUCUGAGCCUACCGGAUCGGUCAAGGGUGCUGAAGUUGGUAACAAGUCAGUGACAGAGGGAGUCCACGAGGCGCCAAGGAUUGAAUGAAAGCCCUGGGCUACGAAGUCUAACAUGAGGUGUUAUUGCAUACACUCUAAGCUCAAGUGAUCUCCUUCGGGCUAUAUGGAAGCAAUUCCUCCCGAGACCCUUAAUAGCUGGCCAAACUGGCUGUCCAGUCGCUACUAACUGCGCUCUGUUCUGACCCGUAACUGGGCCAUUAGAGUCCAACAUUUAUGACGCUCUCUUACCAGGCAUUAUUAGAACUGCCUAGGACUUGCCGUCCCAAAUCAAUUGAGGGACCACGAUGACGAGGUUUCAUUGCACCUCAUACGAUCUUUACGAAAUGACACUACAGCAUAGAUGAAUGGAAUCUUAUAUAGGCUAUACAGUUGAAUUUUAAUUUAUGCCAGAUAGUGCGAUGAGCUACCGUGGC